AUGAACGGUGACCCUCAAAUCGGUACAAGUCGAGCAAAUUCUCUACAAAUCCCUUCGGUUCUUAUGGAAGAAACUGUCGACUUAUCACCAACACUAAUGUCAGCGAUUGACGAUCUCUCGAUUGGGAAUUCCGAGGAUGAAGAAGAUUUCGAUGAGGGAGGGAGUGUGCAGGUAGUUGACGAAAAUGAGAUGGACACAUCAGAAAGUGGAGCCUCAAAUUCGAGAAAUAGGUACGAACGUCCUUACUUGACUGCCUCUCAUAAUAAUGGAUUCGGGAAUUCAACCACGACGCUAUCUCAACCGGUCGCCCCGGUAGAACGCGACGCGAUAGUUGUCAACCAACCCACUGCUGCGAUGAUCACAAAUUUUCGGCUAGGCAAAACUCGAGAACAAAUGUCACGGGAAGAAUUGGUUAAUUUCGUCAUAAACCCUGUUCCACAAGGUCAAAAGGUCCUCUGCAAGAUAACUCGUAGUAAAGAUGGAUUCGGAAAACUUUACCCCCAGUAUGAACUUUAUAUUGAGGAGACAUUAGAAAAUGGAGAAGAGAUAACAACAUUUCUUCUCUCGGCAAGGAAAAGGAAGAAGAGUAAGAGUUCACAUUACGUCAUCACAACAGAUAGGCUUGACGUGCCCGCAUCUGUCAAAAAUAUAGUUGGUAAAGUGAGGUCCAAUUUCUUGGGAACAGCUUUUGUAAUAUAUUCCAAUGGUAAGAACCCUUUCAAGCGCGAACCUGAAUUAGAAGACUUUCCUAUUAGAGAGGAAUUAGGGGCAGUUGUUUAUGACCCAAAUAUUCUCGGAUUUAAGGGACCGCGCAAAAUGACUGUUUUGUUAAUAGGAAUGACCAGGUCGGGUCAAAGACCCGAAUUUCGCCCGACCAAGGACUCACAGACGUUAAUUGGGAGGUUCAGAAAUGGGGAUCAUCGAGAUAUCUUGGUUUUACAUAAUAAGUCACCACAGUGGAAUGAAGAAACACAAUCAUACGUUCUCAACUUCAAUGGUCGUGUGACAUUAGCGUCAGUAAAGAAUUUCCAAAUAGUGCAUGACAACGACCUGGAUUAUAUUAUAAUGCAGUUUGGUCGUAUCGAGGAAGAUACAUUUAACAUGGACUUUAUGUACCCAAUGUGUCCCCUUCAGGCAUUUGCUAUUGCGUUAACAAGUUUUGAUGCAAAGUUGGCAUGUGAAUGA